GGAGAGGAGAGGAAGGCAAAGGCAGUAGGGAUGUGAGCGUGAGGGCGUUGGCCCAUCUCAGAGGACACACAAAGGCGGGGCGGCUCCUCUGCCCUGCAGUGCUGAGGGGACGGCCAGCCAGGGAGCCGCCCUCCUCAUCCCCUCAGCCAGAGGUGCAGUCCGGAGCCUCAGACCUGUUUCCCCAGAUGCCCAGCUCCUGUCCUCAGGGCCAAUCCUACGCGGACCUGUCCUUACUGGAGAGCCCCGGAGUUCCCAGCGGCGGCAGCCCCUUAGCUCCUGGCAAGCCCAACAGGCCUCAGCACCUCGACUCCUGCAGACCAUCAAGCUGCCUCUGUCCACUCCUGGGCAGCCUGUGCCUGCGUUCUGGAAGCCGUUUGACAUGCAAAGGCCAGACAUCAGCCUCCCUGCUAACUCUGGGGUGGGGGAGGGUAUGAAGGGCCCUGUGGUUGGGUGUGUCUAAUGUGUGUGCACAUAGGUACACGGUGCUAUUACGCAUAUGCAUCUGUGUGUGUGCACAGGCUUGUGGCUCUGUUCUGGGCCUUUUUCUCCUCGUUCAGUCCCUGAGCCGCUGGGGAUGGGCACUUUCUCUUUCCCCUUCUCUUCCCAUCCAGCCCCACUGAUUGCUGGGUACCUGCAGCUCCUCGGUACUGGAAACCGGUUCCUGCCAGUGUGUCUAUCUCUCAGCCUUGGCAGCAGCUGCUCCCCUUCAGCCCCCUCCCCUUCCUACUUCAGGAAUCGCCCAGGUUCCUGUGAGGCCGUGACUGAGCAGCGGUGGCUGGGGGAAGGGAGAAUCCAGUAAAGCCAGACAGCACACGCUAGCUCACACAGUGCAGCCUCUGGCAUGGCACAGACCCUCCCAAGUGGGACCCAGAGCUGGGCCUAGUCACCCUCAGCCCCCUCUGAUGUGCCCACCUUGCUGGGGCCUGGGGUAGAUUUGGGAUCUGUGUCUUUAAGGCUGAGACAUCAGCAGGCAACCUCCUGGCCAAGUGUCCAGGGGAGGGGGAGGGGAAGAAGCAAGUCCAUUAGCAGCAGGGCUGGCGCCAGGCAGCAACCCUUCACAGAGCCCUGGGGAUUACAGGGAGAGCAGCCCUUCCUCACCCACCUCAGCUGCCGCUGCACUCUUGUCCCCCAGAUCUCCCUGGGUGUGGUGACAGAGGGGGCAGCUGACAGCAUGUGAAAGCAGAGCCUAGCCUUCAGGGGCCAUGUGGAGGCACAGCCUCUGGGGCCAAACCAGGCCAAUUCUCCCUGCACCUGGGCUACCUCCUCCCUGCCCAUGUGUCAGAAGCCUGCCCUUUAACCUUCAGUCCACGUAGCCCCCAGCUUUUACCAGCUCUUUCAGGCAGGGACCCCAGUUCCAGUGAGGCCCUCCCACCCUAGGCUCCAGCUCCGGAUGCUUGCUGGAACGCACUGACCCCCCCCAACACCCCGACCCCCCCGCUCCCGCCUGCCUGUGGCCUGUGGUAGCCACCCCUGUUUCCUUCCCCACCAGCAACUGGGGGAAUCAAGUAGGCAGGGCGCCGGCAACCAGGGAGGGAGGGCGCGGCGCUCCCGCUGCACCGCAGGGGUGGGGCGUCCCCCUCCCCACAUAGCCCCACAGUCAGGCCAGUGGGAGGAGCAGCCCAUGCCCCCACGAGCCCGCAGGGCUAUAAAGCCGCCUCGCAGCGGUUUGCGGCUCCUUCCCAGCGCCCGGACAAGCUCUGCCAGCGGUGACUGCCCAUCCUCGGCCGCCAUGAGCCACCCGUCGGGCCUCCGGUCCGGCGUCAGUUCCACCUACUACCGCCGCGCCUUCGGGCCACCGCCCUCGCUGUCCCCGGGGGCCUUCUCCUACUCUUCCAGCUCCCGCUUCUCGAGCAGCCGCCUGCUGGGCUCGGCGUCCCCCGGCUCCUCCGUGCGCCUGGGCAGCUUCCGCAGUCCCCGGGCGGGCGCGGGCGCCCUCCUGCGCCUGCCCUCGGAGCGCCUCGACUUCUCCAUGGCCGAGGCCCUCAACCAGGAGUUCCUGGCCACGCGCAGCAACGAGAAGCAGGAGCUGCAGGAGCUCAACGACCGCUUCGCCAACUUCAUCGAGAAGGUGCGCUUCCUGGAGCAGCAGAACGCGGCCUUGCGCGGGGAGCUGAGCCAGGCCCGGGGCCAGGAGCCGGCGCGCACCGACCAGCUGUGCCAGCAGGAGCUGCGCGAGCUGCGGAGGGAGCUAGAGCUGCUGGGCCGCGAGCGCGACCGGGUGCAGGUGGAGCGCGACGGGCUGGCGGAGGACCUGGCGGCGCUCAAGCAGAGGUUGGAGGAGGAGACUCGCAAGCGCGAGGAUGCGGAGCACAGCCUCGUGCUUUUCCGUAAGGACGUGGACGACGCCACCCUGUCCCGCCUGGAGCUAGAGCGCAAGAUUGAGUCUCUGAUGGAUGAGAUUGAGUUCCUCAAGAAGCUGCACGAGGAGGAGCUGAGAGACCUGCAGAUGAGCGUGGAGAGCCAGCAGGUGCAGCAGGUCGAGGUGGAGGCGACCGUGAAGCCCGAGCUGACGGCGGCGCUGAGGGACAUCCGUGCCCAGUACGAGAGCAUCGCGGCGAAGAACCUGCAGGAAGCAGAAGAGUGGUACAAGUCCAAGUACGCGGACCUGUCCGACGCCGCCAACCGGAACCACGAGGCCCUGCGCCAGGCCAAGCAGGAGAUGAACGAGUCGCGACGCCAGAUCCAGAGCCUGACGUGCGAGGUGGACGGGCUUCGCGGCACGAACGAGGCGCUGCUCAGACAGCUGCGGGAGCUGGAGGAGCAGUUUGCCCUGGAAGCUGGCGGGUACCAGGCGGGCACCGCACGGCUCGAGGAGGAGCUGCGGCAGCUAAAGGAGGAGAUGGCGCGACACCUGCGGGAGUACCAGGAGCUCCUCAACGUCAAGAUGGCCCUGGACAUCGAGAUCGCCACCUACCGGAAGCUACUUGAGGGCGAGGAGAGCCGGAUCUCCGUGCCAGUCCAUUCCUUUGCAUCCUUAAGUAUAAAGACGACUGUGCCUGAGGUGGAGCCUCCCCAGGAGAGCCACAGCCGGAAGAUGGUUCUGAUCAAGACCAUUGAGACCCGGAAUGGGGAGCAGGUGGUGACAGAGUCUCACAAGGAGCAGCGCAGUGAGCUGGACAAGUCUUCUACUCACAGCUACUGAACUUGUUGGUCCAGAGCUCCCUGACCCUGCCCUAGGCCUCUAAGCCCCCAUCCUAACACCAGUCCCGAAUUCGUCUCCUCCCCCUCUGCAUGUGUCCACCAGAUGGCUCCAGUCACCCCUUCCCUGGCCGUGGCCAAACCCUACCCAGCACCACAGCGGGGCCUCUCCAUGCCCACAGAGACAUGAUCCAUAUGUUUCUCGUUUCUUAUCUUGGUAAGAGUCUAUAUGUUCCCCCAUUGCUUGUCCUGGUAAGAGUCUAUAUGUUCCCCCAUUGCUUGUCCUGGUAAGAGUCUAUAUGUUCCCCCAUUUCUUGUCCUGGUAAGAGGCUGACCAUCCCCAGGAUGAGUCUACUCCUGCCACGACCCCAAGAUUAGUGGGUGGGUCAGGGUCUGAGUUUCACUUUUAAAUCAAAUAAAAAUGCU